AUGUCUCUCAGACAAGAUGUCCUGUUAGAUGGACGGGAACUGGGUCUCAAGGAGAUCUGCACAGAGCUGGCCAUCUUUCUUCUGUUGGUAUACAUCAUGUUCGUCAUCGGCAACAACAUGAUCGUCACUCUGGUGAUCAUCACUCCAAACUUCAAAGACUCUUGCCUUCAAGCCAACGUGUCAGUUGUGACUGAAUUCCUCUUCAUUGGGGUUGAGAGCGGGCUGAAAAACGUCUACCUAGAGCUGGCCAUCUUCCUAUUGGUGGUCUACCUGAUGAUCCUGAUUGGGAAGCUCAUCAUACUUACCCUGGUGGCGACAGACCCCAAGCUGCAGUCAGCCAUGUACAUGUUCCUCAGCCAUCUGUCCCUCGUAGACAUUGUGAUAUCGACCAGUGUUCUGCCUAAGAUGAUAGCAGUGAGUUUGUGGAAUAACGUAACGAUCUCCUACUCAGCGUGUUUCCUCCAGUUGUAUGUGUAUUUGUCAUUUCAAACCGUCGAGAGCAUGCUGCUGUGUGUCAUGGACUAUGACCGCUAAGUCGCCAUCUGCAAUCCCUUACAGCAGCAUUAUCUUAGAGACUCGAUCUAUUUCCCGUUCACUGUCAUUAUUUGGUCCUACUUCAGAAUCCUUGUAGCCGUCUGCAAGAUUGCAUCUUCAGAGGCCCGUAUGAAAGCCUUCUCUACCUGCUCCGCACAUCUCACUGUCGUCCUCCCCUUCUACCUUGCUCACUCCUGCGUCUACAUCAGUGCCAAAUCUGAAAACAUUCACUGUAAAGUUAUAAUCUUGAUAUCUAUCGGUAACUGCUUCCUGACUCCUGUUAUAAAUCCCAUCAUCUAUAGUUUAAGAAACAAAGAGAUAACGGCUGCGCUGAGAAGGCCCUGUUCUGGUAAGGGCGACUCUGACGGUGUACAACAGGGACACGUUUGA